UCCGAGUAUUUGGUUUCUGCGUGAAUUAGUCAAACCAGGUAACGUGACCGUGAGUGUACGGAAGUUUCGCGAAAUCAGUGUAAACAAACAUCGAACCAUCAAAUAAUCGAUCCUAUCAAUCGAUUUUGGUAGAUUUUCCAGCGUUGUUGGAUACUUAGAGAGAACAGAACCAAAAUGGCAUCCAAGUAUCCUGGUGGUGGAUACCAACAGCCCCCUCCGUACCAGGGGCCUCCCCCUCCCUACCAGUACCCACAGGCCGGGCCAUCUGUUAUAAUACAACAAUAUGGUCAAUACCCCCCUCUUCCAAAUACAACAGUAAUAGUUCAACAACAGCAUAGGCCACCCCCUACAAAUCAUGGUCUGCUUGGAUCCCUGUCAAAAGAUCUGAACAGACUUGGUGGAUUUAUUCAGAAAGAACUAGAUUCUGCAGGAAACAUGAUCAGAACUGAAUAUCACCAACAUAAUUAUGGACCUGUUCUUGAGAACUUUGUGACUGGUAACCAGGUACAGCUGGUGUCUAAGUCCAGUGGACGGGCCCUACAGAUCGUCCAGUCUUCAUCUGGUCAGCUGGUGGUUGAUGGGAUGGGAGUUAUUGGACCAGAGGUUUAUAAUGCUGUCUGGACUGUGGUUAAUGAGGGAAGCAAUCAAGUUCGCCUCCACAACAACUUCAACUACCUGGCCAUAGUUAAUGGGCACACGGUUGUUAUGCAUGUGCCUCAGGGCAGCCAUCUUGGGAUCGAGACAAAGUUCUUGUUAGUGCUAAAGGGACAGAACUUUGUGUGUUUGGAGUCUUGUAAGGAGAGGGGUAAAUGUGUUGGGAUACUGGGAGAUGGCUCACUGAAGCCUGCAGCUGCCUGCUCUGCCAAUGAUGAGCAUGCCAAAUUUGGAGUCUACCUUGCUAGCACUCCAUUCUCUAAAUAUCCAAAACAGAAAUAAACAGAGCAGCCACAGAGUUCUACACAUUUUACUGAGGCAUGUGUGAUUUUUUUCUUUUAGUUUGAUCAUUCUGUGAAGAAAUUGAUCUGGACAUUAUCAAAAAACAUUUAUUAAAAGAUAUUCCGUGUAUAUUUACAAAACCAUUAACUAUUAUACUUUUUGAGUGCAGUACGUGAUUAACAUUAAAAAAAAUUGUUAUUUAUAGCAUAUUGUGAAUGUCUAAGGUCAUAACUAUGAAUUAUAAAGAAUGCUGAUUUGUUAGAUAUACUUGUGUAUAGUAUUUAUUUGACACCUGUACUUGUAUAUUAACUUUUUGAUUCACUUGUUAUACACCUUUUCUGUAUUUCUUACUCUUUCCUGUCCUUCAUAGUACUGUUAAUAGAUUUCUUCAUCUUUGACUGUGUGUUGGAUAUUUGGCACUCUACAUGUCAUCGUGUACAUGUUUUUUUUUUAUUUAAUUGUUAUUAUUAUUAAUAAAAAGGCCAUAAUUUUUACUUUAUAUUGUACAUUUAGUUUUUGAAAUAAAUAUUGUUUAAAUUAAACAUCAAUAUGCUUAUUAUAUGAUUUUUAAUAGCUGCAGAUCUGUAGUUAACUUGUCUGAAUAAA